AUGUCUUUCAUUGAUACUAAGAAUCCUUUCUUGAAAUUCACUGUAAAAAAUGAUGCUGUAACCAGCGGAGGAGCUCUUAUAGAUCAGCGUUUAUCAUACAAUGUGUGGAGAACCGUCCAGCAUGUUCAGAAGGCUGGCGUAGCUUCUUCUUCUGUUAUGAACACACUUCUUGGCUAUUCUUCUGACAAAGUCAAAGGUGUCACAAUUUCAAAAGAUUUUGUUAUGACCCCUAAGACAACACAAAACGGCACAAGUCUCAGUCGUCCUCAUAAUGAUGUAAAAUCUGUCUUUGUCAAGAAUUACCUCACAUCCUAUGGUCUUCUCAGUAAUGGUCAACUCGUAGAAGCUACGAGAAGUUGUCGCGCGAGUGACGCUGAGGCUUUAGCGAUGUCUCUCAUUGAGCUAAAUAUGCUUGAUGACAUCGAACAAGCUGGACUAGUUUACAAAGACCAAGCUGAACUUUCCGUUGAUCACUUGGAAAAUACAGGCACAGAAGCAGGUGCGGGGGCUUCACUGUUCACCUCAAGGCCGGCGGUGUUUGGAUAUGAGGGGAGAAGCAGGGAGAGCCUCUCUUUGGCAUUUGCCGGCGCGCGCGCGGCCGGCUGUCCAUGGUCAUGGGCUGCGGAUCGCGGCAGACGUGCCUCUGGUGUGCUCGGAACUGUGCUCCGUGACCAUGGACACCCUGACCGUCAUCCGGAAUCGCUGCGCGAAGUUCGAGCAUUUCGGCAUGCUCUGCGAGCCGAAAAGCAGCCCAUUUUGGGCUCUGGGCAGCGUGCUGGCUGGAUCGGAGGCUCGGGGUACAUGUCUGAUACCCUCGGACUGCUCAGUUGCUGA